AGAAAGAGCCCCAAUGGAGAAACGUCUACUCUCCAACAUCUACAUAGUAAUUAUAUAUGCUCUUCUCUGGUUCACCCGAUGCAAGAGCUUUGUUGAGUUAUCAUCAUCCUCUGCCAAUCCAAACGAUACGGGCACUGGCUGUAUUCCCGGUGAGAGGUCCGCGCUUGUUGGCUUCAAAGCAGGCCUCUUGGACCCUGAAAACCUCCUUUCAUCGUGGAAAGCUGAAGAUUGCUGCAGAUGGAAGGGUGUCCACUGCAGCAGCAGAAACGGCCAUGUUGUCAAGCUCGAUCUCCCAGGUCGUGGUUGUGACCCCAACCUCUAUGUGCGGACGCAAGUGCUAGGAGGCACCAUUAGCUCCUCACUACUUGGUCUACAACGUCUACAUUAUCUCAACCUCAGCUGCAAUGGAUUCUAUGGCAUGCAAAUACCUGAGUUCAUGGGUUCUCUCCACAAGUUGAGGUAUCUCGAUCUAUCGGGGCUAACCUUCACUGGAAGGAUACCACCACAGCUGGGUAUUCGUAAUCUAAGCCUCAGAAACAACCACCUCUCGGGUGAAUUUCCUUCAUUUCUCGAACACUGCCCACAACUUGUCUUUCUUGAUCUUGCACACAACCAUUUUUUUGGAACUUUGCCAACAUGGAUUCCUGAGAAAUUGCCAUAUUUGGCUUUCUUACGGCUGCGGUCGAAUAUGUUUUAUGGUCACAUUCCAGAGGAGCUAACAGAGCUAGUUAAUCUUCAGUAUUUGGACCUUGCCUACAAUAAUAUAACGGGGAUCAUACCAAAAUCUAUUGUUAACUUCAAAGGGAUGACUGCUGCGAGUGAUCAUUUUGACGAUGAUUAUACAUUUCAAGCUGCUUUCAACUUCGGUCAUGGAUGGACAGAUGGCUACACAUACCAAGAAUUGUCAAUUCAUUAUAAUGACUUGGUCACCUAUACAGAGAAUUUUACUGUAGUCACAAAGGAUCAAGAGAGAUUAUAUACAGGAGAGAUCAUAUAUAUGGUGAAUCUUGAUUUAUCAUGUAAUAAUCUUAUUGGAGAUAUUCCCGAAGAAAUUAGCACUCUUGUCGAACUGAAGAACCUGAACUUAUCGUGGAACACCUUCAGCGGAAAAAUUCCUGCGAAUAUUGGCGCCUUGGCGCAAGUGGAGUCACUCGACCUAUCACACAAUGAGUUGUCCGGUGGAAUCCCUGCCAGCUUAUCAACUCUCACAUCAUUAAGUCGCUUGAACAUGUCCUAUAAUAACCUGACCGGAGAGGUACCAUCUGGAGAUCAACUGCAAACACUUGAAGAUCCAGAAUAUAUUUAUAUUGGCAACCCAGGCCUCUGCGGUCCUCCUCUCUCACAGAAAUGUUCACAACCCGAGUCAAUUCCAGCUACUCCAGAACACCAUGAUGAUUUAAACGAUGUGGCAUCAUUUUUCAUCGCUAUGGGUUCUGGAUAUGUUAUGGGUCUCUGGGUAGUCUUCUGUACCUUCUUAUGCAAGAGGAAAUGGAGAGUUAAGUGGUACCACGUCUGCGACGGUUUGUAUGACCGGGUCUAUGUGCAAGUGGCAGUUACAUGGACUUCUUGGACAAGGAAAAAAUGCGCAGAAGCUGAGAGCGAUCACUAGCUCACGCUGGUUUUCCUUUUGCUAUCACGUAGAGUGUGGGGAUUUUACCAUGUAUCAAUGUAUUUAUAGUAUCGUACUAUACUACUAUUGUUUCAUAAAUAUGUAUUUGAGGAUUAUGCCUUAGAAUAAGGUUUGGGUAUGUAAAGCUGAUGUGUAAUGAAUAAUGCCAGGGGCAGCACUUGAUCCCCUGUUCCGGGUGUGGGACGGAGGGAGUAUAUAUAUAUGUCUUUGCCGUA